AUGGUACGUCCAACACAACAAUUCAGUCGCCAUCAUGAUAAACGAUAUAACCACAAGCAUCAACACCAAUAUUCAUAUCCACUAACGUUUUAUCUAGAUAUGAGUGUACUACCCACUCGAAAAUAUAGACGGCCUCGUACACAACGUUUAACAACUUCAAAUUUUCAAGAUGAUAUGUUGAAGUUACAUAAUGAUUAUCGUGCACGUCAUUGUAUACGACCACUCAGUAUAAGUCAACGAUUAAGUCGAAUUGCUCAAUCACAUGCGGAAUAUUUAGCAGCGACAUCAAAAUUCGAACAUAGUGGACAUACUCUUGGUGAUGAAUACGUAGGAGAAAAUCUGCAUAUGGAAUGGAUAUAUCAAGGUAAAACAAAACCUUCUGCAAAAUUAGUAGCAAAAAGUUGGUAUGAUGAAAUAGCACUGCAUGAUUUUGAAAAUCCAACUUUUUUGCAAGAAACUGCUCAUUUUACACAAAUGGUAUGGAAAUCAACAAGAAAAUUGGGUGUUGGAUUUGCUUACUCACCCGAUCAAACUGAACUUUAUGUUGUAGCAAAUUAUUAUCCAGCUGGAAAUAUUGAAGAUCCAGGAUUUUUUGAAGCAAAUGUUUUACCACCGACUUGUUAA